AUUUGCCUAAUUGCUAGGCCUAAUAGAGUGGACACAGUUUUUUGAUAAAAUGGCAUUAACAAUAGAUAGAUUAUUAGAAGAUGCCCAUUUAUUAAUAACAAGAUUGAAGGACCAUGACUCAACAGCAGAUGUUCUAAUUGCAAAUACUCAAGUUUUACAUACUAGAGUUGAUGGUAUGAAACAGUACCAAGAUGAUAUUACAGAGUUAAAUGAAAUUGCUAAACACAGACCAAGAUCCACAUUAGUGUUAGGAAUUGCCCAAGAAAAUCGUCAGAUUCGAGAACUGCAACAAGAAAAUCAAGAAUUACAAAUGUCAUUGGAAGAUCAUCAAUCAGCUUUAGAGUUGAUAAUGCAGAAAUAUAGAGAGCAAGUUGCUCAGUUAAUACAGAGUAAUAGAGUAGAAGCCAUUCUUGCUAAUAGACAAGAAAGUUCCAAAGAGGAAGUAACUAACCUUUUGGGUAAAAUACACGAGAUGGCAGCAGUGAUGCAGAAAGCUGUAAUAGUAGAUGAAGAAAUGUCAUCUAAAGAAAAUGAAGAAUUGACCAAAUUGAAAACAGAAAAUAAGACAUUACGUGAAAUAUUAGAAAUUUGUAGCACAUCUAAAGAUAGAAUAAUAACAGUGGAAGAUUUAGAAGAAAAAUCUUGUCAAACUGAAGAUUUAGAUAAAACACCACCAGCCUCUCCUGCACCAUCUUAAUAUAUACUGAUGGUCAUUUUUGCAUAUAGGUACUUAACAAUCAAGCAUUUUAAUCUGGAAUAAUAUACUAAUAACUACAUGUAUAUUAACUUUACAUCAUUGUAUCAGAUGCUACAGCAAGUCAAAGAUGCAGUGAUAUUGCUGACUGUAUGUUAAUCUUCAAGCAGUAACUGAAUCUACACCACAUUUUCUCUAACAAAAUUCAGUUGAUAUAUAUUUCAUAUGGUACAGGUGGUCAAAUAUUCUUGUGAACUAUUAGUUUUUCAAUUCUAAAUUUUUUAAGAUUGAUGAGAGCUCAUCUUGAACUGUAGAAAUGGAUGUGAAAUUAGAUGUUUAAAAUGUUAUGUACAUGUUUUUUUUUGUGUAUGUUUUGGAAACAUUCAAUACAGUACCUUAGUGAUUUUUUUUUAUCCAAAUAUAUUUGUUUGUUUGUAAAACAUGUUUUGUAAUAUAAUUAUUUAUAUGG